AUGGCAUCGUUCGCUCAUCAAUCCAGUCCAACUUACGAUGUGUUGAUCAUUGGAGCGGGUCUUUCUGGUGUCUACAGUCUCUACGAAAUUCGAAGACGCUUUCCGUCGUGGCGCAUCAAAGUCAUCGAAGCGGGUAACGAUGUUGGUGGUGUCUGGUACUGGAACAGCUAUCCCGGAUGCCAGAUUGAUACCGAGUCUCUUUCUUACUGCUAUUCUUUCGAUGAAGAGCUUCUGGAAGAAUGGAACUGGAAAGAUGCCUUCGCCUUCCAGCCUGAUACGCACAAGUACAUCCAGCGCGUUGCUGAAAAGCAUAACCUGUACAAAGACAUUCAAUUCAACACUCGAAUCAAGUCCGCACACUGGAACGACAAGUCCCAUACCUGGACCUUUGUUGAUGAGAACGGCAAGCCAUACUCGACCAGGUUCUUCGUGAGCUGUCUUGGAUUUCUCUCUAACCCGACCUUGCCUGCUAUACCAGGAAUUGAGAACUUCCGAGGCCAGUCUUUCCACACGUCGCGAUGGCCUAAGGACAUCAAUAUACAGCGAGAUUUCGCAAACAAACGUAUUGGCGUCAUCGGGACAGGAGCCACAGGGAUUCAAACGAUCACUGCGCUUUCGAAGGUUGACAACAUUGGCUCAUUGAGCGUUUUCCAACGCACGGCAAACUGGUCUGCUCCGCUUCGAAAUACCAAAAUAACACCCUAUGAGAUGGAGGGAUACAAAGGAAAAUACGCCGAGCUCUUCCAAAAAUGCGCGGAUACGCCUUCAGGCUUCAUGCACCAAGCAGACCCGCGCAAGUCUGCUGACGUAACAGACGAAGAGCGACAAGCAUUAUGGGAAAAGCUGUACAAUGAGCCAGGAUUCAGCAAGUGGCUAGGUGUCUUCAAGGAUACAUAUACCGACCGACAAGCGAACGAGCUCUAUUCCAAAUUCAUGGCUUCGAAACUUCGAGCGCGAGUGCAUGAUGCAGAGACCGCUGACAGCUUGAUUCCGAAGCAUGGGUAUGGAACCCGACGAGUACCACUUGAAAGCGGGUACUACGAGGCUUUCAACAAAUCACACAUCAACCUUGUUGACCUACAGAAGACUCCAAUAACUCGAGUGACGGAGAAUGGCAUCGAAACAGGUGAUGGCAAGCAUCAUGUUCUCGACAUCCUUAUUUACGCCACUGGCUUCGAUGCUAUCACUGGGGCUUUCAACGCCAUUGAGUGGCAUGCCAAAGAUGACCGUCCUCUUAUCGCAAGCAGCUCAGAAAGCACUAAGCAACCAAUCUGGCCCGAUCAUCGACCUAGCACAUUCCUGGGCAUUCACAUUCCCGCACUACCGAACACCUUCAUGGUACUCGGACCGCAUCAACCCUUUGGAAAUGCAACCCGUAGCAUUGAGCAUACUGUUGGCGUUGUUGCCGACUUAUUGCAGUUCUGCCAGGCCAAAGGUAUCACGCGUGUUGAGACAACAGAUGACGCCGUGGAAAAGUGGACGGAGCACGUUGUUGCCUGUAGUCAGGGCUCAAUGAUCAACGAGGUCGACAGCUGGAUGACUGGUGUUAACAAGAAUGUCAAAGGGAAAACCGUGAGGAGUGUGGCUAGGUAUACUGGUAGUGUUCAAGAGUACAAGAGAUGGUGUCGAGAAUGCAGGGAUUCGGGUUACCAAGGGCUAAUGUUCGCUUCCAAGGUGGAACAGAACGUUGUAAAUCCGUCCGGUUCGAUGCUUAGAGCUUCAUUGUAA